CAAUUGCAAGCCCGCGACUGCUUACCGAUAUCGACGGCUAACAAGUGCCUACAUACGGGACUUCUGGCAGGAUGACGACGGUGGACCUGCAGGUAUGCAACAACGAUCGAGUUGUCGGGUGCACGUUCGGCGCAAACAAACAAAAUUUGCGGAGCCGACACAAAGCGCGGCCGACAACGUCCAACUUAUAGACAGCGAUGAGCGCACAAUUCAAUAGGAAAGCUGUCCUAGGCCCUAAAGUCAAUUGCAAUAAGUAACCACAGCGAGGGUAUCACAAACUACCGUAUCCGGAUACCGACAAGCAACACACUACGGCAUAUUGGUGCGCGUUAGUCUCAGCGCAUCCACCGAUCAGCGACGUCAGCGCCCGCAGAAUCGGCCGCGGUACCACGGCGCUGUUUAUCUCCUCGAAAUUUCCGUAUUUUUCCUGCAAUUGCAACAGUACUUCGUAGACUGGAGGACUCCACGCACGCACAAUGCAGGACUCUGAUCUUGAAGUGCUACGCAACGAGGCGAACGCAUCGCCAGACCGCUUCACGCAAUGGGACCCCAAUCGUCAAUUUCGCCGCGAGUAUAACGAACGCCACGGCCGCGACCCAACAUAUGAGGAGAUCGUGCGAAAUGCAGAAGCGAAUGGACAUUCUGUGCAUCAGGAUCCUGUAGCAAGCGCAACGGAGCCUCAUGAAGAGCCACUCACAUCGACCACGAGCAGGAAAAUCGAGGAGGAGGAAGCACCACUGUCUCGCCAAACGACGUCAUCUUCUACCAGCUCUGCCAGCUCGCGGAGUACUGCCCAGGGCGCACGCCUCGAAGAGAUCCGCACCGCACGAUCGUCGAAUACACGCCCUCGAGGUUAUACCGAUUCGACGCAACAAUCCAGCGGCACAAUACUGCAAAGACACCCUACCGAGCGAAACCCAGUUGCUCUUACACGUAUCGAAACACACCGCAGUCAACAUGCUGGUACUGUGGGUGCCUCCCAGGUACCCUCGCGCCUUUCACGAACCAUCACUCGCCGCAAGACCGAGAAGCCACUGCCGAGCCUAGGCGCCGGCAAGCCCUUUCCUCCACCUCUACCCGACCGUGAAGAAUACGUUGUGGAAUUUAAUGGUCAUGAUGAUCCACUGCACGCGCAGAACUGGACCACAAAUAAGAAACUCGCCAUGGGUGUUAUGCUUGCUUUCGAUGCGCUGAGUGCAUCUAUGGGCUCUUCCAUCUUCUCUAGCGCAACUCUUCCUGUUGCUGCUGAGUUUGGCGUUGGCAGAGAAGUCGGUACACUGGGCACGAGUUUGUUCGUGUUUGGAUACGCCUUCGGACCGCUCAUGUGGGCUCCUAUCUCCGAAUUGUAUGGCCGUCGUCCACCACUUGUCAUUGCCGCGUUUGGUUUCUCCAUCUUCACCAUCGCAGUCGCAGUUGCCAAAGAUAUUCAGACCGUGAUGAUCUGCCGCUUCUUCGCAGGACUGUGUGGGUCUUCACCACUCGCUAUCGUGGCAGCUGUGUUCGCAGAUAUGUUCAACAACGAAGUCCGCGGUCUAGCAGUUGCCGUCUUCUCCGCCACAGUUUUUGUUGGUCCAUUAGUCGCGCCGUGCAUCGGCGGCUUCAUCACAGAGUCGUACCUUGGUUGGCGCUGGACCAUGUACAUCAGCUCGCUCAUGGGAUUUCUGACUUUUGGGCUUCUGCUCUUUUUCCUUGAGGAAACAUAUCCACCGGUUGUGUUGAUUAACAAGGCUGCUGAACUGAGAAGAAGAACGAAAAACUGGGGCAUCCACGCCAAGCAGGAGGAAAUUGAGGUUGACUUCAAAGAGUUGAUCAUCAAGAACGUCAGCAGACCUAUGCGCAUCCUCUUCACCGAGCCAAUCGUUCUGCUUAUCACGAUUUACAUGUCCUUCGUCUAUGGCCUCCUGUACCUCUUCCUCACAGCAUACGCCCUCGUCUUCCAAGGCGUCUACGGCUGGUCCUCAGGCUUCUCCGGCCUCGCCUACUUCGGCAUGAUAACCGGCGAAAUGAUUGCCUUCGUCGUCAUCGUCCUGACCAAUCCGCGCUACGUCAAGAAACUCAAAGCCAACAACAACGUUCCGGUGCCCGAAUGGCGUCUACCCAUCAGCAUGGUUGGUGGCGUCUUGUUCUCCGGUGGCCUCUUCUGGUUCGGCUGGACCGGCUACAGCGGUAACGUGCACUGGAUCGUGCCCGUUCUCAGCGGCCUCUUCACCGGCUUCGGCAUCUUCAGCAUCUUCCUCUCGCUGCUUAAUUACAUUGUGGACGCCUACCUCAUGUUUGCUGCCUCCGCGAUCGCGGCAAAUACCUUCAUGCGAUCUAUCUUCGGCGGUAUUUUCCCGCUGUUCGCGACGCAGAUGUUCCAAGGCAUGGGCAUACAGUGGGCAUCGACGCUCAUUGGGUGUGUGGCGGUCGUUCUGGCACCCAUGCCCAUCUUCUUUUAUCUGUAUGGUAAGAAGAUCCGCGCGAAGAGCAAGUUUGCGCCUGCGCCGGAUAUUCAGCAGGAGAAGAGGAGGGACGAGGAGAGUGCAGGGAGUGAUGAGAGUAGUGCCAAUGGGAAUGGAGAUAUAUUUAGGGAGGAAGAGCAGGAGAAGGAGAGGAACAAGAAAGACUGAGGUGGAAGAAUGCAUUCAAUCGACCAUCUCACACAUUCUGUUAAUCCCAACAUCAGACCAGUUCCCUUCCAAGCCUUGAAAGCCUCAUCCCAACACUGACAUGGUAAAGAGUAAAGUCCACCUGCGCUGCGCCACACCCGUACGCAUCUUUCAUUUAAAAGUCGCAUUAACGACACUCUCCAAAAGUGGGUCAGUGGGCAAUUCACACUUACAGGUUUGUCACUCACUCGCAAGGCUGCAUGUGGCCGGGCGGCGCUUUGGUCAACGCCAGAGUCCCAGCCUCGCAGACAAUGUGAGAGUCCAAAGAUUCCAGCUACCGGUAUUGUUAUACCAGGGACAAACCUGCAUAGAGGCGCUCAUUCAUGGCGCGAUCCGAUUCGAGCGGGAACCGACCUUGCGUGCUGAGGUACGUCCCUGACGUGGUGACAUAUGCAGUAGACGUAGACUUUUUUCAUCAAUAGACA